AUGAACAAAAUUCUCCACUUUCCCAAGUCGGAAUUCAGAUGUGCCUCUCCUUUCCUUUCUCGUGACGAUGCAGAUGCCAUACCUUUCUCCUCUGCUGAGCUACCAUGCAUCCUACAACGCUUCUCAUUUCCUCUCGCUUCUAGUGAGGCUAUACACGUUGGUGUUACCCUAAAAUGGUGUGAAUCACUGGAAGCCGGGGAGAAAUGCCUCACAUCUUUAGAGGCCAUGAUAGAUUACGCUACCCCCUCUGCUCAGGACCAUAACAUUACGGUAUUUCGCACUAUCAUCUACAAGGAUUCUGUGCUCCAAGCUUAUACUGUAACGAAAGUGCAGAGAGUGCCUGCUCAGGCAAGCUCCACAUUGUGCCAUAACAUGCCUUACCCUUAUGUUGUGUACUAUUGCCACUAUAUCGGAGAAGGAAGAAUCUACAAGAUGAAGUUGGAAGGGGAAGAUGGAAGCACAGUGGAUGCGAUUGCAGGGUGCCAUCCUCACACCAAGAAUUGGGAACCACUUUCAUACUGGUUUCAAGCCCUCCUUAUAGGCAAAAAGGCCAAUCAACACAAUUAUGCUUGCCAUUUCUUACCUGAUACUCACAUCAUUUGGGCUCAUGUUUAA